AUGCCCAGCCAAACCAAUGCAGAGAACAGGGACCUUCGUUACGCACCAUAUCCCGGCGGCAACCGCAACUUUUCGCGUGCGCAGACGUCCUCUGGCCCAUCGCUUCCCAACUACACGAAUACGGAGUACAACUCAGUGCAGAGCAUCGACACCAUAAUGCACUCGACAUUCCAGGAUGAGCUCUGCGCCCGCGUAGGCUUGGCGGGUGUUGACCUUGGGCUCUCGCCCGAGAUAGUCGAGCAUGCGCAGCUGCUGAGUAAGGUUCCACUGACUGCUGAGGGCAAAGUCUGCCUUGUCGGGGGCGAGUUUGUCGCCAUCGACGCUCGUAUCGCGCAACUCACCACCGAUGUUGAGGAGAUCAAGAGGAGCAUCUUGAACAUCGAGGCCCUCGUCCGCGCCAACUGGGUCGUUAGUACGCCACUUCACAUCGCUCUCUCCCAAGUCGUAUCAUAUCAUGCCAGCAAGCCGACUCAUUCUAUCAACAGGAUCCUUAAGUCGAGUGUGAAAUACGUGCUCAAACAUGCUGCCGAGUACGAGCUCGAGACUACAGGGCCAAUGGUUGCAGCCGGACUCGAGCUACACAUCGCCAGCGAGCUGCUUAACCAACGCAAGAACAAGGUCCGCACCUUGAUCUUUGCCAACACAGUGACGAAGACAAGCCUGGACUUGAUGUCCUUACAAAUCGUCAACAAGUUCUGGGUCGACCCGAAGCCCAAGAAGACGGAGAUCUCGAGGGCAACGAAGGCCCACUUCGCGCUCAUGCGUGAGAUCGCCGCCCCUUCUGCCGCCAAGACCAAUGUUCGCGGCGGAGACACUGGAUUCUGGAAGAACCUCAAUGCGGCGCUUUUCCAGCUGUACACGACGCACGGGGAAGAUCGCACAACCGCUGGAUGGCUCGCAUGGCAAGACGAGAAGAUCGCAGCUGACAUGGAGAAGUAUAACGGUCUCACUGUUCCGGAGAUUGGCCUGGGUGAUGAGGAGGUGGAGGAGGACUGA